AUGCCGAGCACAAUCCAAUUUCCCCGUGGAGAUGUUGAGGCUCAACUAAGCUUCUACAACCCUCCAGCCGAUGGCUCUGAGCCAUACUUUACCCUCAGCAGAGACUCCGGCAAUAAACCCAAGUUCAACUUUUCCGACAAGAUAAUUGAUGUCAAUAUCCACGAUGUACGUGACUGCGAGAAGCCAUUCACGCUUGACCAUGAUGCUUUCGAGAUUAUCACUGGUGCGCCACCAGCACCAAAGACGAUAGACUUUAUGGACGAUGAAGCUAUCAGAAGGGAUUACUAUCCAGAAGUCCAACAGUUGGUGUCGGACAAAAUACCAGGAGACAACCAGGUGUUUAUCUACGACCAUACUGUGCGUCACGAGAUGGGGGAUGGUCAACAUCGCCCCUUGGCUAGAGUCCACAUCGACCACACAGCUGACAAUGCCGCUCGACGAGUGCGGCAAUACUUUCCCCAAGAGGCAGAACGACUCUUGAAGGGUCGCUAUCGCAUUGUCAAUGUGUGGCGGUCGUUGAACACUCAGCCACUGGAGUCAUAUCCACUCGCAUUUGCAUCUGCUGCGGCAUUCGAUGAUGCAGAUAUAAUACCUGUCAAGCACCGCUAUGAAGAUGGAAGCUUGGUUAGAGAAGUCGGUCUUAUUAAGUACAGUCCGAAACAGGCCUGGUAUUACCUCAGUGGAAUGAGAGACACGGAGCGGAUAUUACUCAAGUGCUUUGAUAGCGAUUCGUUGAAGGAAGGCUCUGAGGUUGCCUGUAAAACACCUCACAGUGCAUUCGGAGACCCUCGGACAAGAGACGACGCUGAGGGCCGAUUUAGCAUUGAGGUACGCUGUAUGGUGUUUAGUACAUAA